AUGGCAGCACUCUCUGUGAAAUGGCGUAAUGUGCAUGCGCUGGCUCGCGUGUUUCUUCCAAUCACCCACCUUGCCGGCUCGCCCCCCACCUUCCCUCCUCGUUCUACUUCCCCCUCGCCUACCCUCCCCUUGCCACCUCCUUCCCCCCCACAUACUCACUCCUCACUGCCUCGCCCCCACCCACCUCUACCUACUCCGCGCCAACAGGAGGAGCUGCUGUGGGAGGCGGAGCUGAUCAAGAUGGAGCCCUCGGAGCUCAAGAAGGCGUGCUGCGUGCAUACGCCCCCACCGCCAAUGCUCUCACCUCUUGCCUGCUUCUGUCUCUCCCCAUGCCACCCUGCUUUGCUUUCUCCGCGCCAACAGGAGGAGCUGCUGUGGGAGGCGGAGCUGAUCAAGAUGGAGCCAGCAGAGCUCAAGAAGAAAUGCGUGCGAGUGAACACGCGGCUGGUGUACACACAGACCAAGUUCAAUUUGCUCCGAGAGGACUCCGAGGGAUAUGCAAAACUGAUCACCAUACUGAGUCAGAAGGGCCCGCUGGGACUCAACUCACGAUCAGCGAGCGCUGUGGUGGAUGCUGUAAAGUCACUCAUCGGUCUGUUCGACCUGGACCCAAACCGCGUGUUUGACAUUGUGCUCGACUGCUACGAGAUGCAGCCCACCAACUCUGCCUUCCUCCACCUCGUCAAGCUCUUCCCCGAGUCGCACGCGCCCCAGAUUCUCGGGUUCAAGUUCAGCCACUACCACCGCCUCACCGCCACCGCUGCUGCUGCUGCUGCUGCUGGGGGAGGCAAAGGGGGGAAGGAGGGCGGAGGGAACAGCAAGGGGGGUGCAGGGGUGGAGAAAGGAAGUGCAGGGAAAGCUGUGGCAGGGGGAGCAGGUGGUGAUGGUGAGGGAGGAGAGAAGGGGGAGGGUGGCAGUGGGGCGGAGGGGCGCAUUCCAGACAGCCUGUUUGUGCUGGCGGCUAACUGCCUCAAGAGCAACGUCGUGCAGCUCGCUGCCCUGUACCCGUUCUUGGACCCUCCAGACGAGGAGGCAGAGGCACGCAGCAAGGAGAUAAACGCUCAGAGAAUAGCGGACGUGAACCGCAUAGGAAAGAUCAACCUGGCAGCAACAGGGCGGGACCUGACAGACGACCCGCAGCCAGCAGACGUGACGAUCGACCUGUACGGGGCGGUGGACGGGCAGGAGAGCACUGCUGCCAAGGAGUGGGGCGAGGCGGAGAGCAACGAUAAGAUGCACCUGCUCAAGGCGCUGCUGCUGGUGGACGACUGGCCCCAUGCGCGGCAGCUGCUGGAGCACCUGAGGCCGCUGCACCCCGUCGCCCACCCGCCCAUCUGCACCGCGCUCUGCUCGUAUGUCUCCACCGCCCCCGUGCCCUACACCAUUCUUCUGCAGAAGCUGUGCAAGGUGCUCAAGGCAGACCUCCUCCAAGCCCGCGCCGCUGCUGCCACAGCCACUGCUUCUGCAGCCUCCUCCGCUCCUGCAGCUCUCUGUAAUGGCCCUUCUCUUGGCGCUCUCACACCAGCAGCAACAGCCAACGGCCCAGUUUCUCCUGAACCCGACUCUUUGCUCGCUGCCCCUGACACUCCGGCUGCUACUGCAGCAUCAGCAGCAGCAGAGACAGCAGCAGCGGCAGCGAGGGAGGUAGAGGGGCGGGUGGUGGAAGCACUAGAGGCGUCGCUGCUGCCGGCGCUGCAGGCGGUGGUGGCGAGUCCGCCGGUGUGCAUGAAGCUGUGGGAGGUGCUCGCAUGCCUGCCCUUCCAGGAGCGCUACCGGCUGUAUGGCGAGUGGGAGAAGGAGACCGAGACCAACCCCCUGGUGCUCGCUGCCAGGCAGAUUGCCAGGCUGGACACGCGGAGAACACUGAAGCGGCUGGCGAAGGAGAAUCUGAAGCCGACGGGGCGCAUGGUGGCGAAGCUGGCUCACUCCAACCCGCUCACCGUGCUCAGGACCAUCGUGGUGCAGGUGGAGGCAUACAAGGAAAUGAUUCCGCCUGUCGUUGAUGCCUUCAAGUACUUCAACCAGCUGGAGUUUGACAUUCUGGAGUACGUGGUGAUAGAGCGCCUGGCCCUGCCGCGCAGCACCAUCAAGGAGGACGGACUCAACAUCGCCGACUGGCUGCAGUGCCUCGCCUCCUUCUGGGGCUCCGUCUGCAAGAAGUACCCUCUGGUGGAGCUGCGGGGGCUGCUCAGCUACUUAGUGAACCGGCUGCACCAAGGCGAGGCGGUGGAGCUGGUGUUGCUGCAGGAGCUGAUGGAGCAGAUGGCUGGCAUUGAGUCCAAUGAGAACCUCGCGGAGGAGCAGCUCGAGGCGCUGGCUGGCGGGGAGACGCUCAGGCAGUUGACCGCCAGCUUUGGCCAGGCCAAGAACAACAAGGCCAUGGCGCGGUCCAUGGGGCGGCUCAAGGACGCUCUGCUGCCAGGCAAGGGCGAGCCGAACCUGGCUGUGCCGCUGCUGGUGCUCAUUGCCCGGCAACGAUCCAAUAUCGUAUUUGAGGCGGAGGGGUCGCACAUCAAGCUGCUGAGCGAGCACUUCGACCGCUGCCACCUCAUCAUGCUACAGUACGCGCAGUUCCUCUCCGCCGCCCUCUCGCCGCCCACCUCGUACGCCGCCUUCAUGCCGACCCUGCACACUCUCUCCCAGGGCUUCCACAUGCCGCCCGAAGCUGCAUUCCUGUUCUACCGCCCGGUGCUGCGCCUCUUCAAGCCCAGCGCUGAUUCCCCCGUCUCCUGGCCUGCCCUCGCUGCUGCGAGUGGUGCGGGUGGGAGUGGUGGGAGGGGAGGGGAGAAGGAGAAGAGGCAACAGCAGCAGGGGGGGAGGAAGGGGGCAGGGGAUGGGGUGGCAAUGGAUGGGCGCUACGAGGCCGAGAUGGCCAAGCAGAGAGCGCUGCUGCGGUCGCUUGAAGACAUUGGGGAUUCAUCAGGGUCGGCCAUCCAGAAGCGCAAGAAGGAGAAGGAGCGCGUGCAGGAGGUGCUGGACCGGCUCUCAGCCGAGCUGGCCCGGCAGCAGGCUCGGGUCGAGGCUGUGCAGCGGCGGCUGGUUCGGGACCGCGCGCACUGGCUGAGCCCGGCUGCCGUGCCGGACAGCUGGCGCAUCGUGCCUUGCUUCCUGCACCACUGCGUCAUCCCGAGGGUUUUGAUGAGCCCAGAGGAUGCGGUCUACUGUGCCAAGUUCAUACUGCGCAUGCACGCGGCCGCCACCCCGCAGUUCUGCACGUUUCAGAUGGUGGACGCUUUUGUGUGCAAGAGCUUCCACCCGCUGCUCGCUAGCUCUUCUGAAGCCGAGGCGGGUCGCCUGGGCCGGUUUGUGCUGGAGAUCCUGCAGGCCAUCUACCGCUGGAAGAGCGACGCAUCAGUGUACAAUGCGGAGUGCCUGGACCACCCCGGGUCGUCCAAGAGUGUGAUGAAGAAGCCCAACAACAACAUGACUCUCGACCAGUUCCGCACGAUCAACUGGAAGUGGAACGCCAAGCUGGUGAAGGUGCUAUCGACCCUGCUGGAGUCAACAGAGUACAUGCACAUCCGCAACGCCCUCACGCUGCUCUCCCGCGUUGCCGCUGUCUUCCCCGUCACCAAGCGCGGGGGGCUUGUUCUCGAACGCAAGGUGAAUCGCCUCAAGGCGGAGGAGCGGCAAGAUCUGAAGCUCAUGGCUACCAGCGUGUCGGCUGCACUCAACGCCAAAAAGCAAUCGUGGGUGACGGAUGAGGAGUUUGGAGGGGCACCAGCUCCCUCCGCCACUCCCCGCGCUGCCUCCCCUGCCCCUCUCGCUGCUGCUCCUGCUGCCCCCGUUACCGCCAUCGCUGCUGCUGCCUCCACGGCUGCUGCUCCUGCCACUGUCCCUGCUGCUAAUGCCAAACCGUUUGUGGCUGAUGCUGCUUCGGCUGCUGCUGCUGCUGGUGGGAUCGGCAAGGCAGCUGCUGCCAUCCCUGCUGCUGCUGCUCCCUCUGCUCCGUCCAGUCGCCACCCCACGCCCCCACCCUCGCGCCGUUCCUCCAUGCCUCCCCCUUCCCCCGAACGCCCUGCCUCUAAGUCUCCCCUAAUUCAUGGUGGAAUGGGGGAGGAGAGCGAGGGGGAGAAGGUAAGGGGCAGGGUGAUGGAAAAGGAAAAGGAGAGAGUGACGAUGGUUAAAGGAGAGGAGGGUGCUUCUAAUGGUGCUGCUGCUGGUGUUGCUGCUGCUGCUGCUGAAAUUCCUAUAAAGGAGGAGCCAGUAAUGACAUUGGGGCAAACGGAAGGGAAAAGGGAGGAGAGAUGGGAGGAGGGGGAGCAAGCACCACCUGCGAAGCACAGGAAGGUGGAAGGAGGAGAGGGAGAGGGAGGGGGACGGGGAGGAGGAGGGGAGGUUGGAAGAGGAGGGGGAAGGGCAGGCAGCAAACUCUCCCCUGAUGCUCCCCCCUUUGUGCCCUCUGCACUAAGAGGGGCAGGGGGUGGGGAGGAUGGGGGGAGGGGGAGGGAUGAAGAGAUGGAGGUGAAGGGAGGGAGGCGAGAUGAGGAAGGGAGGGAGGGGAAGGAGAGGGAGAGGGAGAGGGAAAGGAGGGGGUCGGGUGGGGGUGGUAGGCACGAGGAAAGGGCAGGGAGGGAGAGAGGAGAGGAAAGGGGGGGAUUUGAUGCAGGCAACGGGAAGGGUGGGAAGUUGGGGUUGGGGGGUGAGGGAUCAAACCACAGGGAGGGCUUGGGUGCAGGUGGGUCUGGUAAGAGAGCGUAUGAGGAGAAAGAGGAGCAUGAGGCUGGGGAGGUGAGGGGGGAGGUGAGGGGGGAGGGCAGAGGGGAGGACAGGUGGGAGGGCAGGGGAGGGCAUAAGAGGGGGAGUGAUGGGGCGGAGAGAGAGGGGGUGAGAGAUGUGGGUGAGAGGGGGAAGAGAGGAGAGUGGGAGGAUGGGGAGCAGGAUGUGCGCGGUGGGAGGGAUGGGAGGAGUGAGAAGGUUGAGAAGGAGGAGAUGAAGAGUAGGGAGAAGGAGAGGGAGGAGAGGGACAAAGAUAAGUCAAGGGUGUUAGAUAGAGAAAGGGAGGCGGAGACAGGGAAGGGGAAAGAGAGAGAAUUGAGAGAUAGGGAGAGGGAGAGGGAGAGGGGGAAGGAGAGGGAGAGGGAGAGGGAGGACAAGGGACGGGACAGGGGGCGAGGGGAGAGGGAGAAGGAUCGUGAAGUGGAGAGGGGGGAGGUGAAGGAAGGGCGGGAGAGGGACAAGGGACGUGAGAGGAACCAUGAGGAGGAAAGGGGGGAGAAGGAGAGGGAAAGGGAGAAGGAGAGGGAGAAGGAGAAGGAGAAGGAGAAGGAGAAGGAGAGAGAGCGGGUGCAGGAGGAGAAGAUGAGGGAGGAGAGGGAGAGGCUGAGGGCUCGGCUUGAGGAAGAUAUGAUGGUGAGGGAGAAGGAGAAGGAGAGGGAGAAGGAGAAGGAGAGGGAAAGGGAGAGAGAGAAGGAAAGGGAGAGGGAGAAGGAGCGAGAGAGGGAGAGGGAGCGGGGCGCAGGGAAGGAUAAGGGAAGGGAGCGAAGCAAGGCUGCUGCGGCAGCAGCUGUGGCUGCAGCUGCUGCUGCCACUGCUGGCCGAAUCUCCGGAGGGGUUGUGGGAGGAGGAGAGGGGGGUGGUGGAGGGGGAGGAGAGCGAGGGCCAAGCGUGGCAGCAAGUCCUGCUAGAGUGACAGGAGGGGGAGCAGGAGGGGGAGGCGCAUUUGGUGUGAAGAGUCCGAAGGAAAUAGAAGGGGUGGAGGAGGGAGGGAAGGGUAGGGGAGGGAAGAGGAGUGUGAGCUCGUCAGAAGAUGGGGGAGGAGGGGCGGUGGCGGGCGGUAGUGGGGAGCGGGGAGUGAAGCGAGCGGGGAGGGGCGAUGGGGACGUGGAGAGGGAGAGAGGCAGGGAGGAGAGGAGGAGGGAGAAGGAGAGGGAGCGGGAGCGGGAGCGGGGUGAAGAGACGCCGAGAGCUGAUGAGCGGGAAGGGAGAGGGGAAGGGAGAGGAGGGGAGCGGGGGAGUGGGGGUCGGGGAGGGGAGAAAGGGGAGUGGAGUGAGAGAGGGAGUGUGGAGCGGGGAAGGGGGAGAGAGGUGGAUGAUUCAGGGCUUGGGGCAGAUGGGCGUGGGGAUGUGCAUGAGUGGGGAGAGAGAGGUGGUGUGCGCGAGAAAAGAGUGUCUGAUCGCAAAGGGGACAGGGAGAGGGAGAAGGUGAGGGAGAGAGAGCGAGGACAGGUUGAUAGUACACCAGAGAGGGAGGUGAAGGAGGAGAGGGGUGGGGGGCGUGAGAGGGAGACAGAGCACCUGAAGGAGAGAGAGAGGGAGCAUGAGCGUGCAAUGGUGAAGGAGAGACUGGGUGAGCGCAGCAGGGGUGGGAGGGAGAGGGGAGAGAGAGGAGAGAGGGUGGGUGGCAAGGAGGAGGAGCGGGGAGUGGAGCAGGAGCGUGUGUAUGAGAAGGAGCGUGGGGAGAGGGAGCGUGGUGAGAAGGGUGAGAAGGAGCGCGGAAUCUUUCCAGAGCGGAGCAUUGAGAGGGGAGGGGGGAUUCGUGUGGUGGUGCGGGAUGUGGGCGAGGAGGGGAGGGAGGAGGGGCAUGCGCCGAGGCAUGGGGCAGGGCAGGGGCUUCGUCACUCGCUUGUGGUCGGAGCAACUCCACCUGCUCCUGCUGGAAGAAUCAUUCAUGAGCCACGAGAGCGGGACCGCGACUGGGAUCGCGAGCACGAUUAUGAGCGUGACGAGCGAGACAGGGACAGGGAUCGAGACAGGGACCGCGAGCACCCACGAGACCGGGAGCCUUAUCGGGAGCGGGAUCGCUCGCCACGAGAGAGCAAGUUCUCCUCUGCGCCGCCUCCCAGGGACCUCCAGCCCAUUUCCCCGCUUCCACCGCAGGCUCUCUCUCUGCCUGCGCAGCUCGCUCCUACCAGCUCCUCAGCUGCUCUCCCUGCAAAGCGCAGGAAAAUCAAGCGGGAUCAGAGCCUCAUGCAGCCGCAUGGAGAUGCUAUGCAUUCUCCGGGCGGUGCUGGGUUGCCUGUGGCUGGCAUUCCAGCAGGCGGGCCGUCAGCUAUGCCAAUGCCCCUUGCUCCGCCGUUCCACUCGGGUGGGGUUCAUCCGUCGUCUCGGUCCCCUGCUGUGGUUAUGGCGGCUGGAGGUGGGCACCGUGGUGGGCCGAUGCUUCAUGUAACAUCAACUCUUGAUGACCGUGCGGACAGACGGUGGAUUACUGACGCUGGUGGUGGUGGCGGAGGUGGGAGCAGGAGAAGCGGCGAGGUUGAGCUGCCGCCGCCUUCACGAGGCGCAGGGCCUGCUAGGAGCUCCAGACUAGCUGGCAGGCUUGGAGAGCAGGAUGGUGGAGUGGGGGGGGGCUAUGAUCGUAGCGGUCCUGGUCAAGGAGGUGGAGUGCGAGAUGAGGCGUGGGACGGUGACAAGGCGCGACGGGAUGGUCGCAUGAGCAACAGACGCCAUUGA